UCAGAAAGAAAAUGGACAACCUGCAAGCAUCGUAUUGUGUCCAGAACAUCGCCCUCGACCACAUCCAGCAAGCCGUGAAGGCCUCAUCGUCCACCCAAACCAAUGACCCGUCGCAAAAAGUGCAGGACUUACCCUCUGCUGGACCAUCUACCAUUCCCGCCUUACUGCCUCCUAAGGACUGCUCCGUAAAUGCUAUCUCUCGGUCAGAGCAGGAGCGACAGAUCAUCCAGCAAACUGCCGCUGGUUUUGCUGCUUGUCUUGCCGCGGACCAUGCUGCAGUCUUGCACCCUGAUAUCGAUUCUCCCUUUGCCGACCAUGCAGACGUCGUAAAUAGGCUCCUUCCCUACCAUAUAUUUCAGCAGCCCCAAGAGGACACACGCACGGUAGCGGCAAGUAGACCACCCAAGGGCAAGGAAAAGGCCAAAUAUGACGACAUCCGCCUGGAGAUCAAAGAGACCCGCUUUGUUUUGAAUUGCCACCAACGGCUUAGAAAGCUACAGGAGCGUUUUAGACGAGCACAAGUGAAAGAUGGUACACGUGCUUCGCCUGACCCGCAGGCGUACACUCUCAUACAGGCCAUUCUGGAGGUUGAAAGAGCAGAAACGGCUGCCGUGAGUUCCGAGCUGCGGAGUGCACGGAAUGAAUUGGAUGCCAUCCAGAGGGAAAAACGUGCCGCGUCGCAGCCCACUGUGACCAAAUUCCGGUCCACAUAUUACCCCCAGGGAUCCGCUCCAUCACAGUACUACCGAUCGUAUGCAUACGCAUAUACUCAACCGUACAGCGCCAGUAUUCCCGGCGCAACAACGUCUACAUUUUGCACUACGCCUCCUGCCCGAUCGACGACCGCUCCGGCGACGGCAUCAGGUGCACCUAGUUACGUGUCGUCAGGCGGGGCCAUACCAGUCCAAUUACCCGUCACAUCGCUUUCUGCUUUGCAUGCCCUGGGUAUCGUUCCCGUUCCAGCCGCCUCGCUACCACCUCCGGAUCAGCCACAGCCAGCGGCGGUCCUAAAGGGAUCGACGUCUAAUGGAACGAUGUUAAGCCUCGACAUCAACGUGUCUCUAUUGCAGUCGUCGCAAAUGAGUGGGUUGGCGCUGUUGUUGAAUUCAUUGAUGUCGAAAGGGGGGAGUUCCGGCCAGGCGAGCGCAGCAGCUGGCAGUUCGGGACAAGCCGCUGCUUCACAACCGCAAACUUAAUUGCUGUAGA